CCAGCAAUCUUUUAUGUACCGUGGCGUCUGCGGCCCCAAGCGCUCACUUUUGAGUUGCUGUCUCCUCCGAUCGUUCAGUUUGCGUGGAGGCUGACACCCAAGACUUGAAGCAGCGACAGACAUCCAUGAGAUUACAACGACCGAAGUAAACACGCAGGUUUAGAGCAGAACAUGACUGAAGGCUCGGACGGGCUCCAAGUGGCCAGAGACUGGGACAACUACCCCGAACAUUAUGCUCCAAUUCAAGUCAGUUCGCCUUUCAAGCAAGACAGUCAGUAUCCAGCUGGAACAUCGUCACCGCCAGUUACAGAACUGUCAAGCUCGACGGUAUGUGGGCUGAGCCGACGCACCUUCAUUGUGACAGCGGCAAUUGCCUUUGCUAUUGUCUUAGCAGGCGCUCUGGGUGGUGGCUUAGGAGGAGGUUUAUCAUCUCAGGGCAACUGCUCGGGGCAGUGCAGCAGUUCUGCCACGGACAAAACCCCACCCGCUAACGAGACGGUAACGGUCACGGUCUCUGCCGCGUCUACAGCCUCCGCGACCCCCACUACAGGGCAUUAUAGCGACUGCCCGAGCUCCAAUGGUACAGACUAUACCUCGACAAGAUUCACGUCUGGCGACAAUGGGGCUGUCCCUGACGGAGCCAAGAACGGACUCAAGUUUUCAAAGAUAUGUGGAGCCGACGGUCAAGGCACAAACCUGGCUCAGGCGGACUUCUCUACCUUUGAAGAGUGCAUCGAUCUCUGUGCAAGCUAUAAUUUUUGGUCUGGCUCGACCGACUGCAAUAUUGCUAGCUACAAUAAUGAGGGCACAUGCUGGAUUAAAUCGGGCGGCACGUCUCAGGUUUCAAAUGCUGGGGUAGACACGGCAGUGCUGGCUGAUUCUGGUUGA